CUGUGAGAAACAAUUCGCCCACUCUCGAUAUCCCCCACUACCAGCAGCGAUCCGCAGCUCUCCAGCUCAUUCACUGAGUGGCUGCGCUACGGGCAACAACAGGCUACCUCCGGUCCUCCAAUGCUGCUUGCGAUCCGGGUAAAAAGAAGACAAAACGAUAUGAAGACUUAGGUACUGUUGACACCCAACAAAGAGCCAUAAAACCGACAUCAGAUCAACCUCCACGGGAUUGGCCAUAGGGAACAGGCUACUCACAGGGCUCGUGGUUGUAGUUGUCAUCUAGCCUUCAGUCCGAUGUUCCUUCGUCAUUUCUAUGUCAUGUAAACAAACCACUCCACAACAUAAUUGGUGGUUAGUGUCAUAUCGCGACCAGUGUGGUACCACGACUGCUCCGUGACCUCCCCGGACAACCCGGAAUGUGUUUCGAAGGGAUGAUUCUUUAGGCAGUUGUUGAAAUGGCCAGGUAUGUAACCUAUGGGCCCAGGUAGAGAUGCUUUGUUCCCUGCAGUCGUUCUGCCAGGGCAGCGGUUCCGGGCGCAGACCCUGCAUUAGCUCUAUAAGCUGCUCAUGUGACUGCAGUUAGGGAAACUCCUCCAGUCCAACUGCCCAGUAGGAGCCACACUUCGUCCCCUCGUCUGCCUGGCACCAUGCCUCUCUCCAACGACCACAACGACACUGGUAGCGAGCUGUCCCCGCCCCUGGGGGGCUGUGAGCUCCAGGACCAGUACCUGGACCCCUCCGGGACCUGCUUCAAGUCCAAGAGCCUCCCCAUCCUCAACGGGCCCCGUCAGCGGGGCCGCGAGGAAGAGGAGGAGGACGAGGAGGAGGACGAGGAGGAGGGAGCCAUGGAGGAGUGCCGUCUGGUCACGGCCGCCGCCCCGGUGGGCGAGGUGGACGAGACCAGCGCACUGCAGCCCAAGACCCCCUCCUGCAGCCGCGCGGGGUCCCCCUCGUCCCACGGCAGCGACUUCCCCGCCUCGUCCUCUGGCGCGGCGGGGCUGAGCGGCGGCCCGCGCGCCGCGCUGCGGCCGGGCGCCCGGAAGCAGGGCUUCUCCCUGACGCGUCUGGUGGGCGCGCCGGCACGCCGCUGCGCCCGCGCCAUCCUGCGGGACUCGCGCUGCUUCCUGUUCUGCAUGAGCUACCUGACGUUCAUCCAGUCGCUGAUGGUGUCAGGCUACCUGAGCAGCGUCAUCACCACCAUCGAGAAGCGCUACAGCCUGCGCAGCUCGGAGUCGGGGCUGCUGGUCAGCUGCUUCGACAUCGGCAGCCUGCUGGUGGUGGUGUUCAUCUCCUACUUCGGGGGGCGGGGCCAGCGGCCGCGCUGGCUGGCGCUCGGCGGCGUGCUAAUCGCGGUCGGCGCCGCCCUGUUUUCGCUGCCCCACUUCAUCUCGCCACCGUACCAGAUCCAGGAGCUGAACUCGUCGUCGGGGCGCGAGGGGCUCUGCCUCAGCGCCAACGGCAGCGGGCGGGAGGCCGGGGCCGCCGGGGCCUGCCCGCGGGACCAGGAGGGCAACGAGCACAACCUGUACGUGGCGCUGUUCGUCUGCGCCCAGAUCCUGGUGGGUAUGGGGUCGACGCCCAUCUACACCCUGGGGCCCACCUACCUGGACGACAACGUGAAGAAGGAGAACGCCUCGCUCUACCUGGGUAAGACUCGGCCUCAGAAGCAGCUCGGCUGGAGCCUGGAGGCCUUCAGCUAG